AUGGUUAUUUCUGUUCUGGUUGGCUUGGCUUGCCUCAGCACGGUACUGAGAAUCGCUGCUAGGGUUAAACGGCACACCGGCUUCGGGAUGGACGAUCAUCUCUGUUUCGUAGCCAUUGUGUUGAUGGUGGGCAUGUUGAUCGAACUAAUCCUGUGGUGUACCAUGGGCGGCAGUGGCUACCACAUGUCCGAUCUCGACGCCAGAACCAUCAUCCUCUUCCACCAAAUUUUCAUCGCCAGCCAAUUCACCUACUUCGUGCUCAGUCCCACCAUCAAGAUCUCCUUUAUUUGUUUCUAUCGCCGCAUCUUCACCACCAAGCGCCUUCUCCGCUUCACCUUCUGCCUGAUCAUAUUUAUAACCUCAUGGGCCAUAGCCAUCUUUCUGUCGUGUGCAUUCCAAUGCCGCCCCCUCCGCGCAUACUGGGACAGGGACGUCGAGGGAGAUUGUUUCAGCUCGACCACAUACAUCAUCGUGAACCAAGCCUUCAACGUGGCUAUAGACUUUGUUAUUCUUGCAGCUCCGGUCCCAAUGGUCUGGAGACUUCAUCGUCCGUGGCAGGAUAAGUUAGCGCUGAACUCUAUUUUCGCGUUGGGUGGAUUUGUAUGUUUCGCGAGUGUAUAUCGCAUCGUAGUGUUAUUUUAUAUCGACUUGGAUGACGAGACAUAUACCAUCUAUGACGCCGCAAUGUGGACACAUGUUGAACCAUCUGUCGGGCUGGUGGUUUCCUGUCUUCCAAUCAUUCGCGGAUUGUUUCCGAAGUUCACGCCAAAGAGCCAAAAAAAGGCAAGCUCCAGCCCACCACGUUCGUCAACUACAGUGACUUGGACUGGAAGCGCUUAUCGUGAGUCAACUGACGAUAGGAGACUGUUGCAAGAUGCAUGUGUGAGGGAGGAAAGGAACUGGACUCGGCUGAAUGAUGGCCGCGAUCUGGAGAAUAUGAGGGUAACGGAUAUAGACGUGUAA